AUGUUGUCACAGUCUGGCCACACCUUCUCUGUCACAGUCUGGCCACACCUUCUCUGUCACAGUCUGGCCACGCCUUCUCUGUCACAGUCUGGCCACACCUUCUCUGUCACAGUCUGGCCACACCUUCUCCGUCACAGUCUGGCCACACCUUCUCCGUCACAGUCUGGCCACACCUUCUCUGUCACAGUCUGGCCACACCUUCUCUGUCACAGUCUGGCCACACCUUCUCUGUCACAGUCUGGCCACACCUUCUCUGUCACAGUCUGGCCACACCUUCUCUGUCACAGUCUGGCCACACCUUCUCUGUCACAGUCUGGCCACACCUUCUCUGUCAUAGUCCCACCACUACUCUGUCGCAAGUCAGCCCCCCGUUCUCUGUCAUAG